AUGACUCGUGAACAAUCACUUAAACGUGAGUUAAGUCAAUAUGAAGGCUUAAAACAAAUGUACUUUUUACAAAUUCAACGUAUUCAUGGUUAUACCAAAUUAUUGAAUGACCAAUCUGUUUUAAAAACUUUUUUGGCUGAAUAUACCACUGUCAACGAGAUAAUGUCUGAAAUUAAGGAUGCUGUUAUGAAAAUAAAUGACAUUAAUUUACAAUUAGAUGAACCAUAUGAAUUAAAUUAUCAAACUAUUAGUAGCAGCCAACAAUUGGUUGGUCACAUAAACGCCGCUUAUAAUGAAGUCAAGCCUCAAACCUCUGUACCUACAACAUCUUCUAAUAUGACACCUGUUCUACCUAAAAUUGUAUUACCAACAUUUGAUGGUAGUAAAAAACAUUGGCCUGUUUUUUGGGAAACCCUUCAAAGUUUGAUUGACAAUAAUAGAUCUUUGGAUGAUAAUUCGAAAGUAAACUAUCUACUUUCAGCAUUGCGGGGACAUGCAUUAGAAAUGUGUACGGGCAUUAUCCCCACCGCUGCCAAUUAUCAAAUAAUUAAAGAUUUAUUAAAGGAACGCUUUGAAGACAAACGACUUUUAAUGGACACUUAUCUAUCACAGUUAUUAAAUUUUAAACAAUCUAAAUUGGAAUCCGCUGCGCAUUUAAAUUCAUUUUUAGAAGUUUUCGAUACUUCGGUUACUGCUUUGAAGAAUUUAAAAAUUGAUGAUUUGCUUGAUUAUGUUUUAGUUUUUAUCGCACUUUCCAAAUUAGAUUGUGAAACUAGAAAGUUUUUUGAAAUGUCUUGA